AUGAAGGAAAUAACCAGCAAUUGUGGUCGCAUGUUCUCCUGUGGUGUCGAUUUGCGAAGAGUGGCAUCUGUUCCGAAAUCCUGCCUGCUGCAAGAUGCGCAGAAGGGGCAUCAAUUCCUGAACGAUUUACUCAAAACCUUUUUACUUCUUCUGCGUGAACCCUGGGCUCGAUCAUCGAUGAAGAAAAUGACAGGAAGUGUCCCCCGCAUGCUUUCUACCGUCAUCGGUCGCAGAAUGGACUUGAUACGAAAGAGGCCCUGCGGUGAGUCAGUAACUGAAUCUGAACUAGCUGAAAUACUUCUCAACCCCAUGAUUCCAAUACUCAUCGAAUACGAGCGGGAGGGCAACGCAGAGGGCCAGACAGCUGUCGGAUGGAGUGGUAUAUCCGGCAUGAUGGAAUGGCGCUGUCUUCCUGAUAAUCCCAAUCCUAUGGAAUUGUCAUUUAUGGACCGGCUCGCAAAGGCACGAGACGAACUUUGGCAGCAACACCGAGUUCAAAAUGAUCCAAACGUUCUGGAACUAAGCGAUGCUUGGCCUCGAGGACUCCCAAUCCAAAAACUAGUCAAUAGUUCAACCUGGUUAUACCAUGCUAUGAGACACCAAAAUCACGCGCCAUUUUUGUCAUCAAGAGCCAAUCGCGUGCUUUUCAGUCCGGCUGACACCGUUAUGGUUGUCAUAAGGAAUGAAAUAGAGCAUGUUGGUGAAUUUGUGGAUGAUCUUGGAUUUAUCAUUCGUGCUCUCCUUGAAAAUGACGCAAAACCAGACAAAGCUCGCGAGGCUUUGCGCAUCUGGGAGUAUUAUUCACAGCUAUUACAGCCACAUCCGAUUUAUCUUGGAUUAUUCCAAGACUGGCUGGUCAAUAUCAUCCAAGGCCAAGAAGACAUGAUCGGAGUCUCCGGACUCAUUCGCCCCUUUUCUUUGUCGGCCAUACCGAUGGUAUCGGCGGUGCCUACAGGAUCGGAAAUCAUCGAAUGGGAUCCCCACGAGGGUGAAUAUCCUCUUCCCAAGACAAUCUCCAAUGAUCAGAAAGAGCAACCUGACAAAAUACCCUGUACAAUCCUCAACUGCCGUAUGGGGGGCACAAUACCCUCAAAAGCUCCGUUUGUGCGUGCUUGGAAACCGCGAGCAUUGCCUGAGCCUCUUUCAAUCUGGUCGCCUGACUUGAGUUCACUAACAGAAGACCGCCAAGAUCCUUCGCGUUGUGUACAAGACUCGGUCAUCUUGGCAGCUCUCUUAUUGCUAGACACUUAUACCAAAACCCCUCGAAUCUUGCGAACAAAAUUCCCUGAUGUCGACUUUCCGCGCUAUACUCCUGUAUAUCUGGCGGAUGAGUUCAUUACUUUUCAGACCAAGGGAAAGUCCAAAGAAGCGUUAGGACGGGCGAUAGAAGCGUUGGGACACUGUUCCAAGAGGAUUCCUGCACAGAUCUUGCGAGAUCUUAUUUGGUCAUUCUUGGAUACUUUGAAAGCUGAACCAAAUGCCCCAAUGUAUUCAACACUUCUCUACGCCACGUUCGAUCUGAUCGAAGUCCUUCUUCGCACCGAUAAACCGCAGCUUGCAAUCGAUGUGGUGAUUAGAGUGUGGAAGGACUUUACGAACGAGUCUUCUCUCCAUCGAAAAAUAAGCCUCGUGAAGCUUGGGAGGAUUUUUACCCCAGAGCAGGCAGGUGAGAUGAUGCGCGGAUUUGGCGGAUAUGUCUGCAGUACGUUAGAAGCCCAACAGAGCCAACAACAGAGCCAGCAACAGGAGAAAGAAGAGAACAAAGCCUUCAUCAAAGUGACGACUGCGAAAAUGCUUGCCCAGGCUUUGGCCCAGGCAAAUUUUCUUUCACAGUCUGAUAAAAUGGAAGUACUACAGAGAAUGUUCCAUUCUAGCCACCAAAUCGACAUUCGAAGAGAAGUUGUCGCUUCGAUUUUGGAGCUCGUCGAAGAUAGUGACAAUGCUGAGCCAUACAAGAUCUUUACUUCCAUCGCCUCCUCGGUUGCAGGGCCCAACGAGCGAGCUGGAAUCACUGAAGCGGAAUGGGACAUGGCGGAGAACCAACUGGGCGCACUACCCUACGUUGCGCCACAUUCUGAGCGCCCUGUACUGGAAUUAGUGGUCUCUACCGCCGCUUUCAAAAUUCCAGAGAAACUGCGGUCAGAUUAUGCACAAAACGUGUUGAUACCCCUGGUGCAGGAAUCCACUCGACAGCAUACGAGAUGGAUAGCUGCGAUGACUGCUAGACUGGGGCUUUCCAUGUCCGACCUCAAAAUCACGGAGCAGGAGAUUGGGCCCUUUUCUCCAGAUCUACCAGAUCAAAUCCUUUGGAAGUGGAUGAAAUAUCUUCCUGGGUCAUAUCUUGAAAAGUACCACCGUCCCUGGGCUCUUAACUACCUUCAAUACGGGUCUUUCAGUUCCAUCGAUAAGGCACUCGAGGUAACAGUUGAUAAGCCGCUCAAGGAUAUCACCGUUCGAGACCAUUGGAAUCAUUUCCUCAAGUCCCAUCGAGCUCGACCUGCUAUCUACCGUCUAGGUCGUCUUCUCGAUUCGAUCGUCGAGAAGGAAGUGGAAGCUGCGAACGGGUUGAGCACUGCGUUGGUUCUCGAGGACUUCGCUUGCCGUGCGGAAAUCAUCAGCAAAAACCCAGUCAAAUACAAUGAGGCCUUGAAACAAUACACCGUGCGUCCGGAAUACACAUUGGAACUAUUGCGAGCUCUCAGAACGAGCCGCGUGGCAAGUAUCUUCGCUGUGGAGGAUACCGUCUACAAAGCGACGGUCUACAACGAUCUGACCGAUGCCAUGGCCCGGACGGUUGGGAUUUUCGAAGAUGUCAGGAAAGAAGGGUGGUCAGCCGAAUUUACUGGCGGAUAUCCUGCGACUCUGCCGUCCACCUUCGAAUACGAUGUUCUAAUGCUCCCUUCUCCAAUCUAUAAUCCAAUGGCCUCGGAAUCCAAUUUGGCAGCGGAUAUAUUCACUUCAGCAAUCCUUGAUUUGAUCCGCAAAUAUUCCCGGGGUCCGAUCUUGCUCAUGAAGUUCGAUUCUCUCCAACCCGUCGUGCGAGAAGUUCCCACCGCUGACCUGAAGGCUUCCACAUUGCGUCUUGGGGGUGCUCAGCCAACGGAGCAUGAUUCACUCGUGAUGUGGGCUAGGGUGAAGUUGGCAUGUUUAUUACUGCAAAAAGUGCAGUCCAACAGUAAACCGUUGGAUGAGGACAUGCUGGGAAUGAUAGAUGAGUGGAAGAACAGUGACGUUGAAAUUGUGCGGCAGAUUGGAUGGGAAUGCUGA